AUGGUUAUGCAGCUCGUUUCUGUCAAGGUAAUACGUAACAAGAUCACAGGCCAGCCAGAAGGGUAUGGUUUUAUAGAGUUUAUAUCUCACGCAGCAGCGGAGAGAGCGCUUCAGACGUAUAAUGGGACACAAAUGCCUGCAACGGAAUUAACUUUCAGGUUAAAUUGGGCUUCUUUUGGUUCAGGCCAGAAAGUAGAUGCUGGACCGGAUCAUUCUAUCUUUGUUGGAGAUUUAGCUCCAGAUGUUACAGAUUAUCUUCUUCAAGAGACAUUCCGUGUUCAUUAUUCUUCUGUUAGAGGUGCUAAAGUUGUUACCGAUCCAAGCACUGGACGAUCAAAAGGUUACGGAUUUGUCAAGUUUGCAGAGGAGGCUGAAAGGAACAGGGCCAUGUCUGAAAUGAAUGGUUUGUAUUGCUCAACAAGGCCUAUGCGUAUUAGCGCAGCAACGCCUAAAAAAAACAUGGGUGUGCAGCAACAAUAUGUCACCAAAGCUGUUUAUCCAGUUCCAGUCCAAUCUGCAGUUGUUGCGCCAGUACCGGCAUACGCUGUUCAACCGGGACAGGUGCUUCCACCUGAAAGUGACAUCACCUGUACAACGGUUUCAAUUGCCAAUUUGGACCCAAAUAUUACAGAGGAAGAGCUGAAGAAAGCAUUCUCGCAAUUAGGAGAAAUUAUUUAUGUCAAAAUACCUGCAACAAAGGGAUAUGGUUAUGUUCAAUUCAAAACCAGGCCUUCUGCCGAAGAAGCCGUUCAAAAAAUGCAGGGGCAUGUGAUUGGUCAACAAGCAGUUCGAGUCUCUUGGAGUAAAAAUCCAGGACAGGAUGGUUGGGUUGCACAAGCAGAUCCGAAUCAAUGGAGCGGGUAUUAUGGUUAUGGGCAAGGCUAUGAUGCAUAUGCUUAUGGUACAGCUCAAGACCCAUCCUUGUACGCGUAUGGUGGAUAUGGCUAUCCCCAGUAUCCUCAACAGGGAGAAGGUACACAAGACAUUACAAACUCUGCAGUGGGUGGAGUUGCAGAGCAAGAGUUAUAUGAUCCUCUGGCUACUCCUGAUGUUAAAUGCCGGUUACCUCUCGGUUCACGUAAGUGCCAUAUUAGGACGGCCAAUGUGGCAGCGUACCUCAUCGCUCACAUCACAAUUAGGCAAAUGAUCGCGUAG